UUUUGGGAAAGAGAGAGAAGAUAUCAUCUGCAGGAGUUAGAGAAGCACACCGCAGUAGCCAUGAGUACCAUGAAAUUUUGCUGUGAAUGCAACAAUAUCUUGUACCCAAAGGAGGACAGGCAGCAGAAGAUCCUCCUUUAUGCCUGUCGCAACUGCGAUCAUCAGGAGCCUGCAGACAACAAUUGUGUGUAUAGAAACGUGAUUCAUCAUUCUGCUGAUGAGUUUACACAAGUCCUACAGGAUGUUGCGGCUGAUCCAACUCUUCCUCGUACUAAGAGUGUUCGGUGUGCUGUAUGCAAUCACCCCGAAGCCGUAUUCUUCCAGGUCACAUCACUUUCUCAGUCUCAAUAUUUUUUUUGUUUAAUUUAUUGUGGUGUAAUAGUAACUAUAAAUGAAAAUUAUAUCAUACUUACAACAUAGAAGAACAAAAUGUUUUUUUAAAGUGCAAGGACUAAAAGGGUUCUGCAAAAAAUAAAAUCUGCAUUAGUCAGCCAAUGGUACUCUAUAGAAAAUCAUUUGGGGAGGAAGGAAAAAGCGAAACAUGUCCACUGCAAAUUUCAAGCUGGUGCAAACAAAAUACUGAUUCAGUGUGAACAGUGCAUGGACCGCUGCAACUCACCUACUUUAAUAUUGGUAUUGUGAACGUGUCACAUCUUCUUCCUAUAUAGAACCCUCAACCCUCUAUGAGAUAUACAGGGGUGUGUUGAGCGCGUGUGCGUGGUGUAAAAGGGGAUGCAUCAUAGUUUUCUUGUAGGGUAGAUGGUUGGAAAUUCAAAUUUCUGAUUUAUUCAAUACUCUCGUGAACAACAGCUGUAUACUAUUAGCAUAAAGAUUAUAUUCGGGUAAAAGCGUAUAGCUCCUGGAAACUUAAGUGGACUCAGGGUUCUGUCCACCAACCUUUUUAUCCGCUAGAGUUGCUUAGAGAUGCAUGCUGAUGCGUGUUGCACAUCAAGACGGUCCUUAAGACUCGUGCAUUACUGUGUAUCACAUGUCAACAUGCAUCUCAAAGAAAGUUAAAAGGGAUAACAAAAGUUGAUAAAGAGAGUCGUGCUUUUCGCCAUACACACACGCUGUCAGAGCUCCGUUGGAUAUUCAUUUAGACAUGUUCAAGUUAUCGGUGCUCUGGUCGUGUUAUUAUGCCACAAUGUUGAACAGAAGCAUAUUUUGUUUGCAUACGUUUUGGAUAAUUUGCAGGCGACAAGUAGGGCGGAAGAUGGCAUGACACUCUUCUUUGUUUGCUGCAAUCCGAACUGUGGCCACCGAUGGAAGGAUUAAUUGGGUGAUGCUAUCAGCUGUUUCGAUACCCUGUUUGAUGUUUCUUAAGCUUGAAGUGAACUGAUUUUCUUCUGAAGUACAUAUGAGAUGGUUGUUAUGGAGAUCUUGUGAACAAUUUGGAGUUGGUUGCUCCUUGGUGAUGAUGCUGGUGCUUCUUGCUUGGAGUAGAACAUAAUAAAUUUGUGAAUUUUGGGGGGGAACCUUUGAUUGGUAAACGAAAUAUGGAGUGUGAAUCCUUCAAGAUGUUUCUAACUUCUGAAAAUUUUUGGAGUUGUAUUAGAUUUUCUGCUCUUUGUUGAUCGAGGAAAGAAAUAAUAUGAGAAAGGUUUCAUUACUAACAAGUAUGUAUGAUAUGAAGAGCUCAUAACUACAUUG